AAACCUUCAAGCUUGCUUCCCACGUUUUCUUGAUUUCUAAAAUCCCAAAUUUUUAGCUUGAAAAUUAGAAAAGAUAUAUAUAUUUGUUGAAAUGGAAAUGGAAGUAGAGGACCCAUUUCCAGAUGAGCUUGUACUUCCGGAAACAGUGCUUUUGAUGCUGGAUUGGCCGCUGCCGCCACCGGUGGAGGUUCUGCUGCAGGAAAUAUGUGCAGAGCAGUCGCAGGAGCCGCCGGACGCGGAGGCCAGGAGGCGGCUGGCUGAUAUAGGUGAAGAGGGGGCCAUGAAAGUUUUGAAGAGAAUAUCUUCUAGUCCCACUCCCAUCAGACAUUUGAGUCGCUUCAUAUUUUACAUGGUGAACAGAUACCCAGAGUGUAUCUCUGAAGAUAAUAGGAAGAGGAGCCAUGAAUCUACUGAUUCUACUCCACCCUUCUUUCGUAGCUUUUCUCCUCUAGGUAAAUGUGUUCAAGUUGAAGGCUUGUAUCCUCUGAAAGCCAAGCGCCCGUUAUCAUUUUGUAAUGAGCCGCCCCCAGAAUGUAGUGAGAGGGGAAGCUCACGGAUGAUCAGUGAACAGUUAAAAUUGCUGAGCCAACUUGAAUUUCGGAAGUUAUUUUUAAUACUGAGCUACAUUGGCAGCAGAAAGAAGCUGGAAGAUGUUGUAUCCCCAAAUGAAGCUGCAGAGAUUCUGGGAAUUUGGGGGAAUCUUCCUAUGACAGAAUUUGAAUCACGAAUCUGGAAUGCCUAUGGACGCCAAAAUUAUGAUGGGGAACGACCUAAGUAUUUGGAUUGGGAUUCUGGUAAAACACAUAUGUAUUAUUGUAACGUUGAUCAAGAAGGAAACUGCACUUUUAAGGGGAUACGUUUGACCACAACGAGAACUCAUCUACAGAGGGCUCUGGGGGAUGAAAAUGUAUUAUGUGUCAGAUUUCCUGCAGAAAAUGAAUGCUGUCCCAAGAUGAUUGCAGAUGAAGGAAUUCUUGUUGGCUUGAGGCGCUACCGAUUUUUUGUAUAUAAAGAUGAGAAGGAGAAGAAGAAGAAGAACCUAGAAGAAAGGAAGAAAGAUCCAACAUUGUUGAAAUGCUACUUUAUUAGCAUUGUUGAAAGGUCCAACAUUGGACCAUGCGAAGAUGGGAGGAGGCCUUACACUUUUUUUGAGAAAAAGAUUAAUGAAGCAAGGUCACAGUUCAUGCAUGUGCACACAGUUUCUAGUAUUGCUAAAUACAUUGCCAGGUUUUCUCUGAUUCUCUCUAAGACAAUAAAAUUCCCGAUUGAUCUUGCUAAUGUUGAUAUUCAAGAUAUUGAAGAUAUACCUUGCCGUGAUGCAAAUGGUCACAUUGUCUAUGAUCAAGAUGGGGAACCCCGAAUCCACACAGAUGGAACUGGAUAUAUUUCAGAAGAUUUAGCCCUGAAAUGUCCCAAAGGAUUCUGCCGUGCAAAAUUCAUUAGAGAUGGAAAUUUUGAGCAAUUUCGAGAUCUUACUGAGCUUGAAGACACGAACAAUGAAGGAAUACAAUAUUGGAAUAGAGAACUGCCGCCAUUGCUAAUGCAAUUUCGAAUGUUCAACAAUGGGCGUGCCAUCAAAGGAACUCUGCUAAUUAACAAACAGAUUGGACCUGGAAAAAUUCAGAUUCGACCUUCAAUGGUGAAGGUUGAGAAAGAUCCAAAAAUUUUGGUUACUUCCACUUUUAACUCAUUGGAGAUAGUUGCAAUUAGCCAUAAACCCAGGAGGGCCAACUUAUCAAAAUUUUUGAUUCUUUUGUUGACCUAUGGAGGGGUUCCUGAAGAGUAUUUUUUCGCUUUAAUGAAAAGUGCUUGGGAAGAGAUAAAAACCAUAUACACCGACAAAAGAGCAGCAUUGAGAGCUGCUGUGAGACAUGGAGAAAUCGACAAUGAGUUCACAACAGCUAAGCUAAUAUCAUCCGGGGUGCCUAUGGACGAGCCUUAUCUCCAGGGUUGCUUAUCCAGACUGUCAAACAUGGAAAAAGACAACCUUAAAACAGGAAAACUUCCAACAAGUGACAGUUAUUACCUAAUGGGGACAGUUGACCCAACAGGGACGCUAAACAGUGACGAAGUUUGUGUUAUUCUUGAUAAUGGUCACGUUACUGGGAAAGUGUUGGUAUACAAACAUCCCGGUCUUCACUUUGGGGACAUACACAUUAUGAAUGCCAAGUAUGUAGAAGAAUUGAAUCAUAUUGUUGGUAACGCUAAAUAUGGCAUCUUCUUCUCAACAAAAGGCCCAAUAUCAGCUGCUAGUGAAAUUGCAAACAGUGAUUUUGAUGGUGACAUGUAUUGGGUUUCAAUGAAUCCUCAGCUAUUGAGCUACUAUAAAGCAAGUGAACCAUGGAGUCGGAUCCAUGCUGUUCCAAAGGCUGUCACCAAAAGGCCAUCUGACUUUAUGCCUGAUGAAUUGGAAUAUGAACUUCUUCGAGUGUUUUUAGAAGGAAAGAAGUCGGGCAACAAUAUGGCAGUGGCAGCUGAUUAUUGGCUGGCAUGUAUGGAUCAAUUUUUGACAUUGGGCAAUAAUUGUGCAAAGGAGAAGCCAGCUGACCUGAAGAGAAAGAUACUUCACUUGAUUGACUUGUACUACGAAGCAUUAGAUGCGCCUAAAACUGGAAAGACGGUGAAUAUACCUCGUACGUUGAUGCCAGAAAAGUAUCCACAUUACAUGGAGAGGAGACCUAGCUAUCAAUCUACAUCUGUUCUUGGUAAACUUUAUGACUAUAAAGAGCCAUCCAUAGCUGAAGAAAACUCUCAAAAAGAGAUCUGGAAGCUGCCAUGUUUUGAAGUUGAAGUUCCUGAGACAUGUUUGAGCCUUUGGAAAGAGAGAUACCGCAAGGGCUACUUACCAGAAAUGUCUGAGGCCAUGAAUUGUGGGACUCCCAAAUCUGAAGCAAGAAAAGUUGCUGCAAAUAAUGUUAUGAAGAAAUACAAGCAGUUGCUGUAUGAAGCUGGUGAUUUUGAAGAGAGUAGAAGAAAGGAUGAUGACAUCUUUAAUGAAGCUCUAGCCAUUUAUCAUGUGUGCUAUGAUUAUGCAAAGAUGUCAAAUGAUGUCCGAAAAUGCGGGUUUGCCUGGAGAGUGGCUGGCUCUGCUCUUUGCAAAUAUCAUGCAUUUAAGCAGAAGGGCAGCCCAAUCCUUAUUUUACCAUCCAUUCUGCAGGAUAUUUUGAGAUGAUUAUUUAGUUAAGUCUCUAUUUAUUAGUAUGUAUAAGUCUCUAUGGAAUAAAAUGCUUUUAUUGGUAUGUAUAAGUCUCGAUUAGUAUGUAUAAGUCUUGAUGUAAUAGGAUGAUCCACAUUUUAGUGUUGUAUUAGUAUGUUUUUAUAACUUUUAAUUGAAAUGGAA